AACAAAAACUAGAAAAAUCUCCCUUCUUCAUCUUCGCUCCCUUUUUCUCUGCCUCUUCUUCUUCUUCUACUCGAUAAGGUCUCAGAUUCUCACACCCACAUUCUGAAAUGGGCGGUCCGAUCGUGUUGACCCAGAUAGCUCAGGGCCUCGGCGUCUUGGCCGGAGCGGCCAUCGUCAAAUCGCUGAUGGACAAACCCAUGGCCGGGCCGUUUCCUCGGUGCCCCAGUUGCAACGGAACGGGUCGGGUCAGCUGCCUCUGCAAGCGAUGGUCGGAUGGUGAUGUCGGGUGCCGGACCUGUUCCGGGUCGGGUCGGACUUUCUGCAGCAGCUGUGGCGGGUCGGGUACGGGUCGGCCUCUACCCGUUCAGCUCUCCGUAAGGCGUCAAAACCCGCCACCCGGUUCGGGCUAAUUCGGUUGUUGAAGAAAUGUUUAUAGUCUCUCUCUCUCUCUCUUGCCCUCUUUGAUUUUUUUUCAGAAAGAAAAAGAGUUGAAAUUGAAUCAUGUAAUAUAGUUAAAAGGUGAUGAUACUUUGAGGGAUUGGAGAAGUAAGUUCAUUUUUAUUAGGCUGUAAUGUAAUCACAUCACUUUUGCUCAUAUAAUGAAUAUCUUCAUAGCUAAAAUUUGUCUGUA